GGAGUGCAAGUAGGUCAUCAUGAAAGCGUAUCUCUCUAAGGUGAGAUUAGAGCAGAAAUUGUAUGACUAUAUUCGAGGCUACGUGUAUAUGACUUAUCUUGUCUCAAGAAGCGAACAAAAAUGACAAGUCAGUGGCAUAAUACAAAAAUUACAAAAAAACCGUUCAGUCGGUACAAUCCAAGUCUGCAAAACAAAGUCGCGUCAGUGUACAGACCAUGGUUUGUUGUGGUUGCUUUAUUAUGUAUUCUGAUCGGGAUUGCAAUCAUAGGUUGCUCUGCUGCUAUGAAGUCCUAUGAUGGAGACCUGAAGGACGAGCUCUUUCAUUUAUGGGUGGGAAUACCGUUAUUUGUGACAGGAUGUCUCGCUUUGAUUCCAACCAUUACAAGAUCGAAACCUGCGACGGUCAUCUUCUUAAUUGUCGCUAUUUUCGUCAUGGUGGUUUGUUCCACGGGGGCAGUGGUCAGUGGAUUAAGAUACUGGAUGGAUCAUUGGCAGCAAACAAAGCGAGCUUUGGAUAAUGAUGAAUGUACGAGACAAAAUGAUGUCUGCGUUUGUGGAACAAAUUUCCCUAUGCCUGCCAAAGUUGACGAUUGUGACAAGUUGAAAUCCAUGGUCAACCUGUUGAUCACCUUGAUAGCAUUAUGUUCGGGAGGAUUCAUCGCAACAAUAAUGGGUAUCUAUCUCUCCUUUAUGACGGUUUGCUGUGCUCCAUGGAUGUACACGGAGUGGUACGAAGAGCAGUACGAUCCAGACUAUUCUGACAAACACAGGGGCGAAGUGCGUCAAAUUGGAACACGAAAUGCUGCUUACGGAAAUGGUGCAGCACACUAUUAAUAUGUUUUGUUUUUGUUUUUGUCUUUCUAUGAACCAAUGUUACUAACGCAGAAAUAUUUGACAGCUUACUGACUUACCAUAUUUUAAUCUAAAACCAGUUAGUCACCUAAAGAUUUUUACGCAGUGUCGCUUCAAUAGGUUGGUGCGUCCAGUCUCUCUUUAUUAUAUUUAAUUUGUGUGACCAUUACUUUUCUCCAUCAAUUACACUUAUGGUAUUGCACGAAAAAAUAGAAAAAAUGUGCACGUGUUUUUGUUUUUCUCCAACAUGAUGGAUGUUUAAUGCCUAUAUAUUGUAUUUUAUUAGUCAGCAGAUGGGUUAAAAACUACGGGGAAUCUCUGA